AUGCCUUCAUGCACACCACUCGCGCCUAUAGACGUUGAUCGUCCACCUCAUCCUCGUGACUACUCUAGUUCCUCGUGUGAGGGGCCAAGUUGUGGGCCAACUGGUCACCAAGCCCUUCUCCUUCAUCACCCUAUUCCCCAGCAGCAGGUGCAAACAGAAGAGCUCUGGUCCCUUCGACCAUCCACUUCGCCACCGCCACCACACAAUUUACGUGUCCAAUCUCCAGGUCCUGGGUACCCCAACUAUCCUCCAUCAAAUAGGCAACCUGUGGGACCUGCCCAGCCCAGCCUGUCACAACGAUUGCUGCCUAAUUACCCUCGUGAAGCUCCUCGCCUAGAGCAUGAUACGGCAUGGGAUCGUCGCGGGCCACCUCCUGAACAUCAUCAUGAAUUGGAGCGUGAAUGA